UUUUCUUUUCUCCUAUUUGGACUCAAACUUGUAUUAGGAGAAGCCCUGGGGUAAAUAUAGAAUUUUUGAAAUUUUCAGUUCUCCCUUUUGUUCUUCCGCUCUCGCCGCCGUUAACUUGCCGGCAAGAAAAAGAACGAUGGAUUCUUCCGACAAGUGGAAGGCUCUAUGGAAAAUAUGGUCAUCCUUUUCCUCACCACUUCUCCUCUCGAAUUCACACGAAGAAUCCUCUUCAAAACGGCGCCGGAUUGAUAGUCCAAUUGGACCUUUGAUUUUCAGACCAUGUGAAGAAACGCUGACGCCACUCCUUCGCUCGCCAUUGUUAUCAACUCGGCUUCCUCCUCCUGUACCUGACCUCUCUCUACCGAGAUUCCUUCAAACUUCAAGUGGUAUGCUUUUUUCUACCGCUUCUUCAAUUGCUACAGAGAUUAGUCCACAGGUUUCUGACACAAUUCACAACUUUAACUCAAUCCAGUUUCUUCCUCUUCCUAAUUUUGGUGAAAAUAGCAAACCCAAUUCAAUUAUAGGAAUAUCUCCAGCGGGAGAGAAUUAUGACCAAGUUGGGCUAUUUAUGCUCUGUUCUGAAGAUACCCAAUUUGUGGCUAAGAAAUUCAAGAAUGGUACAUCUUUUUUAGUGCAUAAUCACAAGCUGAAUUUUAGAAUUUUGAGGUUAUUAGUGAACCCAGUUAGUGAAAUUGAUGAUUCUUGUUCUUCUAGUUGUAUUACUUUUGGGUAUUUAUUGGUUUGUACUUUGUAUUCUGUUCAUUGGUAUAGCGUAAAGAUAGGGGUUAAAGGAGAUGAAAAUGUUAUGUUAGAUUAUGUGGGUAGUGCUGAUAGAAACUUGUUCAAGGGUGGGACUGUUUCUCAUGCUUGUUGGAGUCCACAUCUGAGAGAAGAGUGUGUGGUGAUGUUGAAAAAUGGGGAGAUGUUUUUGUUUGAUAUGGGUUCUUGCGGAAAGAGUCAGGCUUUCUGUGCUUCUGAUGUAUUGCAAGGCAAGAAAUUGCAAGUUUUGUGGGAUAAGUUGGAUGGAGAUGAACAUUGGGUGACCUGUGAAUUUAGCUGGCAUCCAAGGAUUUUGAUUGUUGCAAAUUCAAGGGCUGUAUUUUUGGUGGAUUUGAGGUCAGACAAGUGCAAAGUCUGCACCUUGCUAAAUAUUGAGGCAGUGUCGUCGGGUAGAACUGAUAGAUUUCUUGCACUUUCUAGAGUGGAGGCUGACGUCUUCUGUUUUACUGCUGUUUCUGGACGCUCCCUUCUUCUUUGUGAUGUGCGGAAGCCAUUGAUGCCAUUGUUGCAGUGGGUACAUGGCCUGAAUAAUCCAGCUUACGUGACUGUUUUGAGAUUGUCUGACCUGAGGCAACGUACUAGAGAUGAUAAAUGGGCUUGGGCUACUGAAUCAGGGCGUUGCAUUUUGGUAGGAUCAUUCUGGGACUGUGAAUUUGCUCUAUUCUGCUAUGGGCCAGACAACAAUCACAGCCAUAAAUUUUCAGAAAUUGCGAGGCUCAGUAAAUCAGUAAAUGCUUGGGGGCGACCUUCAGACCUCUCACUGUCUGGUCGUGAUUGCUGUUGUGAAAGUUGUCUUAUGAGAGCAUAUUUCUCUGAAGAUAUUCUUCCUGAUUGGAUUGAUUGGAGGCAAAAGAAAGUCAUUGUUUUGGGGUUUGGUAUUCUCAACAAUGGCCUUUCUAUCCGAUCAGAUGAUACUGAUAGCUCUGCUAGCUUUUCCCUUGUAAGGUUAAUGUCCUGUGGCAGUUUAGAAGCUCAGAGAUACACUGCAGAAUGGGACUCUGUGGAGAAGUCAGACGCACCUUAUGGAGGAAAUUCUCUGUGUUCUGAAAAUAACCUUCUAUAUGAUAUGGGUGUUGAAGAAUUGGAAUUAAAGAAGAGCCACAUCUACCUGGGCCUUGACUUUCUUAAAGAGUAUCUGAAUGGAAGUCUACCUAAAUUCAUUAGUAGAGUAUACAGAGAGAAUCUAAAGGAUUCUGAAGAAAACCGGUCGGAGUUCCACCAGCAAAUAUGUCAGAAGCUUCAAGAAUGUGGCGUCACAAGACUAAAAUCAUCUCUAACUGUUUCUGAUGUAAUCAAAGGUAUCAGCUUGCCAGCAAGCAUUUAUGAGAUUGCGCUAGAAAGCAUUAGCAUCAGUUUGCCUAAUAAUCUUCUGGGGUUCACUUUCUCUGCCUUCUUGAGAUUCCCUGAAUUUCCCCUGAAACCGAAGAAACUUCCUCUAGAAUUUUCUGACAUUUUCGACAAACUAUAUCCUCUGCCUUUUCCCUUGCAUAAAUGUUGUAUUGAUGAGACACCAGAAGAAGUUCCGUCUUGCCGUUCUUCUGGUCCCGUUCUUCCUCCUCCUUUUCUGGUAGCUCUUAAUAACCUUCGAAUUGCAGAAAGAGAUAUAUUGCCACUUGAUGCUGAGUUUAGGCUUCAAAGUGAUAAAGUUCUGAAGGUGGCCUGUGAAAUCGGUUUGUCAUACUCUGAUAAUGAGCCUGAUGAUGGCUAUUCAGUUUCCCUUGAUGCAGAUACUGAGUGCCCUAGUGAUUGGAUGGAAAAAAUGAGGCCUCUCUGUUUACAUGAACCUGUGGCAUUCUCAGACUGUUAUAUCUCAAAAAUGGAUUUGGGAGUAGAACCUGAUAAAAGAUUUACAACCUUCAUCUAUAAAAAACACGAAGAACCUAUCUCAAAUGCCAGCAAAGAGAUGACAGGAGUGGAGUUGUUCGAUGAGGGGUGUCCAGUAGAGCUUAAAUUCAAUGAUAGUCUCGCAAUGCUGGGGGCAAAUGAGCUGCAAACUUUUAGAUUGUUGAAACAAAAGGAUUUAGGUUUCCAAAAAAAAUUUCAGCUGUAUCAAGAGUAUUUAACUGGAUGUCAUAAGUGAUGACAAGGUCCCGAGUUUUCCUAUUUACUUCUUCUAAAUUACUUGGCUAUUUUAUUUGAAAUAUGAUUGUUUCAGUGAAGUACUGUUAGGAGUAUCCAGUGUUCUCCAAGAAAUACUACUUUCAAUGAGGGAACCAUGUGUAUCAAAGAUUGAAAUGGAAGAAGCUGAAUUGUUCUCACUCAAGAAUUCAAGACAGAAUGGGCCCACGACAGUCAAAAUUUCAUUUCAAAGAUAAUGGAACUGUAGUGGGUGAUUUGAUGGGAAGACCAAACCAAUUGCAAGACAAAUUAUCAUCAACUGAACAAUCAUCCAUAUCUUGAGCUGCAUUUGCAUUCUGAAACAAUCUGAUCAUUAUGUACUGGAUUGGCCAUGGAAAAUGGUAUGGAGAACCAAAGCACACCCAUUAAGGUGGCUUGUUUUGGAUAGGUUGUUUUCAGAGAAGCUUGUUUAACUCAAGAUAAUCUACAGAGAUCAGGUUUUCUCCUAAGCCACAGGUCUCAUCUAUGUGAAGAAGGGUUCAUUGUAAAGUUGCUAAACAGCGUUGGGAACUCUUCCUGAAUCUCUGUGGUGUCACUUGGCCUAUGUUUACAGAUAUUAAGAGCCUAAGGGAUAGCUGACUAGGACAAUAUUGUAUGACAAGUGCGUGUGUAUAUAUAAUUCGAGGGGUAUUUCAGCGCUCAUUUAAUCUUCCCACUGCAUCAGCCUUGACGCCUCCUUCCAUGUGCAGCACCGCCAAACGCCUCCAUUUCCAGGCUCUAUUCUCUUCAAUUCCGUUUGUCUUUUAGCAGAGUUACCAACUGCAUCCUUCACCAAUUCUAACAACACCUUCUUCUUCAAACGUCUGCCGUCGCUUUGUCUUUUCUUGUUCUCAAUUUGGUACUUCAGUGGCUACUACCUCAGGGUUGCCAGCUCAUAUCUCCGACAUGGUUUUGCAAUUCACAUGUAUCUGUUUGUAUUCAACAGUGUAGGGCUGUGGAUUACUACUGAAUGCGGAAGAUUGCAGGUUUGUCCUGGUGAAAUUGUCAUUUUGCCUUGGUUUGCUAUUGAUAUCCCGGAUGGACCUUCACGUGGUUAUGUCGCCGAAACUUUUGGAACUCAUCUUCAACUUGGUGAUCUGGGGCCAAUAGGUGCUUUAGAAUGUGCAAAACUAGUUGCAAUUUAAACAACUGAUGUUAUUUGCUGAUGAUAUGCAUUUGAAUAUGUAUUUAGUUGCAAAUGACCUGGCUGCUUCGAUGGAUUUUCUUGUUCCUGUUGCCUGGUAAGAAGAUGGCUCCCGUCUAGGUCACACUAUUGUGUAAAGUAUGAUGGUGAACAUUUCACUGCAAAGCAGGACUUCUCUCCUUUCUGUAGUCACUUGGCUCCCGUGCUUCUCUCAUUUGUUAAUAUUUUAAGUUCGCACUUUUCAAAAAUGUUAUCAAUCAUCCAUGAUUAGUACCUCCUUCUAUUCAA